AAAGCGUGACGCAUAAAAAUACAACAAGGAAGUGGACGAUCACUGACAACGGUAAAAUAAUAUUCCUGAAGGAGAUACUCAAUAGCUUAACGGUGUCUAAACACUGAAUAAGUACCGGGAGGGUAUAGUCGUGUGGGACUUACCCGAAAGCCCGUUUCUAUCUGUGUGAAUAAACGUGGAGCUCGAGCCUAGAAAUGAACACGGACGUUGAAUUUCACAUCAGGCAGAAUUACCCGUGGAACAAGCUGCCCGCUAAUGUCAAACAGAGUCUUGGAAACUCGCAGCGCGAGUAUGACAAGCAAGUUCUUCUCUACAGUAUCCGAAACCAGCUACGCUUCCGCAAUAACCUAGUCAGGCAUGUGAAGAAAGAUGAACGCAAGUAUUACGAAGAGCUGUUGAAGUACAGCCGAGAGCAUCUGAUGCUGUACCCCUACCACCUGUCUGACAUCAUGGUCAAGGGUCUGCGGGUCACCCCUUUCUCCUACUACAUCAGCAUUAUGGAGGACAUCAUGAACUGCGAGAAGAGUUAUGAUUCCCUGCCCAACUUUACUGCUGCUGACUGUCUGAGGCUACUCGGGAUUGGCAGAAACCAGUAUAUUGACCUGAUGAACCAGUGCAGGUCUUCCAAAAAAUUCUUCCGGAGGAAAUCAGCCCGGGAUCUUCUGCCAUCAAAACCUGUGGAGAUCACAGUGGAGCCGUGGUGGGUGGUGCAGACUGGAUACAUCACCGAGGAUGACAUCAGGAUCUGCUCUGUGGCAGAGAAGACGGCCAUUGAUAAGAUGAUAGAUUCUGGACCCCAGCUGGCUGGAUCAAUGGAGUACAAUGUGGUUCUGAGUUUGUACAAUCGGGGCUAUAUAUAUCUUGAUGUGCCCAUAUCAGAUGACAGCUGUAUAUCAGUGCCGCCACUCGAGGGGUUUGUCAUGAACAGAGUCCAGGGAGAUUAUUUCGAAACGCUUCUCUACAAAAUCUUCGUUUCCAUUGAUGAGCAGACUAAUGUGUCUGAGCUGGCUAAUGUACUGGAAAUUGACUUGGGCCUGGUGAAGAAUGCAGUUUCCAUGUAUUGCCGCCUGGGGUUCGCUAUUAAAAAGGGUCUGGUGAUCAGCCCAGAUCAACUGCACCUCUCGUGGAAGAGUGCCCCUUCGGUCAAUAGACUCAAGAGCACUAUGGAUCCCCAGAAGAUGCUGCUAUCAUGGGAGGGUGGCAGUCCAGUGAUGGAGGCAGGUUCCUCAGCCACUGAUACGGAUACCACCAGCCUGGAGGACCAGGACACAGCAAGUGUGAGCAGUCUAAGUAUUCCGGCGGCCCCCACUAAAAGGAUCGCCUUCUUGUUUGACUCCACCCUCACCGCCUUCCUUAUGAUGGGCAAUCUCUCCCCUAACUUGAAGAGCCAUGCAGUCACGAUGUUUGAGGUGGGGAAGUUGUCUGAUGAGACCCUGGACAGUUUUCUCAUGGAGCUGGAGAAGGUGGAGAGCACCGCUGAAGGAGAAGCUCAGAGAUAUUUUGACCAUGCGCUGACCCUCAGGAACACAAUACUUUUUCUGCGCUACAACAAAGAUCUCACCCCCAACCAGGGCCCUGAUGUACCAAAUAUAGGCCUGCCUCUGGACCUCCUCCGCUGUGAAAGCCUGCUGGGAUUGGACCCUGCCACCUGCAGCCGUGUGCUGAACAAGAACUACAAACUGCUCGUUUCCAUGGCACCACUCAGCAACGAGAUCCGACCAAUCAGCAGCUGCACGCCUCAGCACAUUGGCCCAGCCAUUCCUGAGGUUAGCUCCAUCUGGUUCAAACUGUACCUGUAUCAUGUCUCUGGUCAAGGCCCUCCUUCACUGCUGCUGUCCAAGGGUUCCAGGCUUCGGAAGCUGCCAGAGAUCUUUCAGGCCUAUGACCGGCUGCUUAUUACAUCAUGGGGUCAUGACCCAGGGGUCGUCUCCACAUCCAAUGUGCUAACAAUGCUGAAUGAUGCCCUUACCCACUCUGCUGUACUUAUUCAGGGUCAUGGAAUGCAUGGACAUGGUCAGACCGUCCAUGUCCCCUUCCCAUUUGACGAGGAAGACUUUAAAGCAGAGUUCUCUUAUUCCAAUAUGUGUGCGCACAAAGCCCUUAAAAUCCUGCGGGACAAAGUGGAUCUGGCGCACCAGUGUGGCUACAUCACCAUGCUCAACCACAACAACAGACAUCGCAGACGACCCAGUGACGCCGAUGGAGAUCCUGAGCUUAGUGGAGUGCUUGAUGCCAAUGGAAGCAAUGAAUCUUUCGAGCUGGUUACAGAGGAGAAUAAUGGAGAUAGCAGUAAGAAACAGGAAACAGAAGGGUCGUUUAGUGAGGAUGAGUGGGUUCCUCUGGAACUGUGCUUUGGAAUGCCUCUCUUCAGCUCUGAGCUUAACCAUAAAGUGUGUCAGAGGAUCGUCUCCCACAAACUCUGCAGCACAGACAGUCUUCAAGAGUUACUACAUUCCAGUCGCAAACUGGCAUUAAAAGUUCUCAGUUUUGUUCAAUCAUUCCAGGAUGGCAAACAGCCUGCAGACCCUGACAGCGGGGUUUCGGGUCCCCUGAGCCAGCCCCCAGCAGAGUCUGGUGUACCCCUCCCCGCAGUCAACCUGCUCUUCAAGGACGGCAAGCUGAAGGAAUGGAUUGGGCGAGCGCCACCCUCCCUACACAUCUCUGCCCCACAAAAAGAUCAACCCACAUAAAACAUCACCCUCAAAAUCACUGCAUUCAGCCCUACACCAUAUUCUGCUCACUUCUGAUUGCAUAUGUCUUGAGUUACCAUGUUAUUUCUGUGUCUCUGAAACACACAACCAUCAAGUGGAUGCGAGCAUCCAGAUAUCAAUAAUCCAGAGUAGCACUGAUAGUCCUAGUUCACUGAGAUGGGUUCAAUCACUUGUCCUAACUUCCAACACUUUUAUUCAUCAGAUAUCACUUCACUCAAAGUACAAAAUGGUUCAUUAUAAAUAGAAAAAAUUAUUUGCAAAAAGGUAUCCUAUUGUGACCUUUUAAUGUGUAUAUAGACUUUGCUUGGGAAAACAUCCAAGGACCAAUCCUAUGGUUGGAUGAAGUCACCCAGGUUUUCUGUAUAUGAACCCCCGCCUACUUGUAUUGUCAUGUUUUGUGACCUGAUGCAUGAUAUAAUUGCACAGAAUCUCCAAAAACUACUUGACUGAAUCAGCAGGGUUUGAAAACAUGAAGUUGAGGUUUACUUUUGCACAAAGCUUGUGGAUUUUUUAGAUUUCUUUUGGAAUUUCAAUAAGUAUAAUCAGCCCAUGUCCACACUAAUACAUUUUCGGUUGAAAACGCAUGGAUUUUGCUAUGUUUACACAUUUAUACUUUCGAAAGCGCUCUCAAGUACUGCAUACUUUGGAAAACUAUGACGUUAGGAAACCGAAAACAUUUUCGUAUGGACGUAGCCUCAGUUAUUGGGUCGUAUUCCAGCUGGAAAACAUGUCCAUCUCAUUUCUGCUGAGCAGAGGAGCGUUUCUGCUUCACUGAGACCAAAGACCAACUUUUUUGGUUCUUUUUUAUGUUGAUCUUUUAUCAUUAUUUAACUUUUUUGCUGCCUUAUUUGCUAUGUGCCCAGUAGACUGCCGAUCACUAAAAGCAUUUCAUACACUAGUGUGGCGCUCAUUUUCUUGGCCAGUUUAAAGAGUUCCCGCUUGGACUAACCGUAGUUAUACACAGAUUUUACAAUAAAAGUAUCUUCUGCUUUAGUCCAGAGGGAACGACAGCAUGGACACAGCCACACAGAAACCUGCAAGUAGUGACAACAAGGUUAUCCAUCAGUACCAUCAGUUCCUAGAUGUGUUGAAUAUCAGUAUAAAUGUAUAGUUUAUUGUGAGAAUUUGCAGUACUGCUGCAUUAUACAGUUAUCCCUCAGUGGCCUGACCUUUUUUUUCUUGCCUUUACUGAGGUUGCUGACAGUGUUUCCCCAAUCAAACAUUAUAGUGGUGUUCAGCGAUGAUGAUGAACACAUUUUAGAGAUCUUGGUGCUGCAUGAUGAGUGUGUACAGUUGUGUGUAUUGUGCGCCAUUCUCUCCUCAUCUGUUCUUUUCCACUCCGUUGAAUCCUUCCUGCAUCUGUACUAUCCAUAAAACACCAGCCCCCGUGCCAGCCCCUGUCACAGUGUUAGGAAAGAAUAAGUGACAGUUUUAUAAAGUCACCCUGCAUUUUAGGAACUCUCUGUUGUAGUGUACUUGAUGGGACUGUGAAAAUGCUCUUGUAAUUAAAUUUGUACAAAAGUUACAUUUCCCCUCUUUCGCCAUCACAUUCACCAAAAUAUAUGUUAUAACAAAUGAAUAUGUAAAAAUUAUAUGAAAGGACUAAUAAAUAUGUUACAUAAACACCCAUUUAAAA